AUGUCCACUUCCCCGUCUGCCUCUCAAUCCUCCUGGUCACUAGAUGACGACUCAACAAGCGAUGACACUCAUAGCAUAGCGUCUACUGUCGAGCACACCACUCAUCUGCCAGACGAGACAACAAUCUUACGUUCACGCUUAUCCGACUUCGAGAGGAAGAAUGCAAUAUUAGAGGAUCAACUGCAUGUACCAGAGAACAAGGAAGGGACGACAGAAGAUCUGAGAGCGAUAUGUAAGGACCAAGAGAAGCGUAUCGAAAGGUUGAACAGCCAAUUAACCGAGACGAAUAAAGACCUAUCAGAUAAGAUAUUAGAGAAUCAAGAAUUACAUUAUAUAACCCAGAAUUUAGAGACUCAGAACGCCAAGCUAAGCGAAGAGAUAAAGCAGAUGGGAGGGAACGAAGAGAAGCUCAAGAAUUACAAGACAUCAAUAUCGAAUAUCAAGAAGAGAUAUAAGAAACAAUUAGAACACAAGGAGAAAGAGUUGAAAGGCGAAUAUAAGAAGAAGCAGGAUGAGGUGAAGGAUGAAAAACAGAAAUUGCAAGAGUCAAGUAAGAAGGGAAAAGAUAAACAAAGUGAGAUAGAAGAGUUGAAAAAGAAGAAUGACAAGUUGAGUAAGAUCAUUGAUAAAGCGAAGAUGGACAAUGAAGAAGUUAGUGAGAUGCUGGAACGGAAAGAGAAGGAGAUUGAUAGAUUACGGGAAGAGGUUGAGGGGAAAUUGAGGAUCAUUGAAGGGAUGGAUAAGAAGUGA